GUGUCUGAAAUAGCUGCUUUAUUCACUCUUUGGCUUGAUGUGAGCACAGAACAGCAGUAUUAGCUCUAGCUUCACUCUGCAGUUUGAAAAUGAGCAGGAUGUACAGCCAAUCUGGACGGAUACCAAAGCUUUGCACAGCGAAGAAGAUUGUGCAUCUUAAAGUAAGACAAAAUAUAUAGUGACAUUUGCUUUUGAUUCUUACAACAAGAAAGUAUGUUUGAGGGACAAGUUAUCAAAUCAGCUGUGGAUUCAAUGGAUCGAAGGGAAAGUACAGUUGAUUUUCUCUAGCUGUGUCUGGAUAUUGCCAUGGAGGAGGGAGUAUCAUGGACUUUGUGACGGGUUCCAGGGUUCCCAGAGCGAAGUACACAAUGGUUCGAGAGGCGCUGUGUUAUGUGAUCCCCUACCACAUGCAGUGCUCCAUGGGAUGUGGUGGGCAGGCCUGCAAGUAUGAGGAUCCUUCACACUGGACUGAAGAUGAUCAGGCAGUCAGAGGAAUCUACUCAUCUUGGAUCACAGACAAUCUGCUGGCCAUGGCCCGCCCUUCCACCGAAAUCAUUGAGAAAUUUGACGUAAUAGGCCAGUUUUUGAGAUGUGGUUUGAAGACAGUUAUUAACCUCCAGUGCCCUGGUGAACAUGCCAGUUGUGGAAACCCGCUGGAUCCCGAGAGUGGCUUUACUUACCGACCAGAGACAUUCAUGGAGGCUGGCAUAUAUUUCUACAACUUUAGAUGGACUGACUAUGGUGUGGCAUCUCUCACAUCCAUCUUGGAUAUGGUGAAAGUCAUGUCUUUCGCCAUCCAAGAAGGCAAGAUGGCUGUUCACUGUCAUGCGGGACUUGGUAGAACAGGUGUGUUGCUGGCCUGUUUCUUAUUGUUCACCACACAGAUGACAGCAGACCAAGCCAUUCUGUUAGUUCGAAGCAAACGACCAAACUCUAUCCAGACUAGAGGACAGCUCCAGUGCGUCAGGCAAUUUGCUCAGUUCCUGGUGCCGCUUAGGAACGUGUUUGCUAACGCUGAGCCUAGAGCGCCGCCUGUUACUCUUUCACAAUACUUGGUCCGCCAGAAACAUAUACUGCACGGAUACGAGGCUCGGAAGCUGAGACACGUGCCAAAGCUCAUCCCUCUCAUCUGCAAACUCCUACUGGACAUCGCAGAAAACCGCCAGGUUAUCGAGGAGGACAUUGUCGACGUUCCUGACGUCCCAUCUGUGGUAGAAAAAACUUUGAAUGAGAGUUCAAUAUUUCAGUUGAACAGAGAGAUGAUGGGAAACGGGAUGACUUUGAUCAGCCCGCGUCUUCCAGGUCUACCCAGAGCCAACAGAGACAACACACAACCUCUUUACUAUGUCCGUAAGAGCCUUAGCUAUAGCGAGUCUGACCUCCAGAGGUUAGCAGCAUCUUUAAACCUCACGGACAAUCCUCUCGGCGUUUUAGCUAGUAUCCACUCAACUACCGUUGGCAAUCAGCUGGGAACUUUCAACUGUGUUUCCCAGAACAAUGUCACUCCUUCUCUGGGGGCUUGUAAGGGUAAUCCCAUCUACAGCUCAACCAGUAAUAUAUGGGAGCUGAAAACACUUAUGGACCAGACGGAAGGAUCUCCACUGCUCAAAAACAGGAGGCAGUCUGUCCUGCAGCGAAGCCAAUCUCUGUACGUUUCAGAUGAGAAAAGCACUACAAGCAUUGCCAGAAUACUGUCCUACUGGAGGACAGACUACAAGCAAAACUCUGACCCUGAUGAGACUCUACAUAAUGAAAAAGAGCAUUCGGAGGUCCCCUUUAUCACUGUUCAGUCUGAGUUGUCUCUGGAGUCGCGUCACCUCCUGGUGGCUCAGUCCCUUGCAGUAGACCUUAAGAAGGAUGGAGAGAAGGAACAAAUUCAGAAGGUGCAUACUUGGCAGGCAGAUCUUAAUCGUCAAGGUGCGUGGGAGCGACUGUGUUUGGAAAAAGACCCAUUUAUUCUAUCUGAAAUCAUGUGGUCUUGGCUGGAGCAGCUCAAAGAACCAGUCAUCUCAGCUCAUGAUGUUCACACACUAAAAGAGACCCAUCAGGACCCCAAAACUGUCCUCAAUUGCCUAGAUAGGGCUUCAAGAGAAACAGUGAUGUGUAUUCUGGACUGUUUCGCUCAUUUAUUAACAAUACCUGAGGAAAUCGAGAACGCUUUUCUGGAGCAAGCGACAAAAGCUUUUACAAAGAUGAAAAACACAGAUGGUGGGAAGAUUAUCCAUGAAAUCAUGAACAGGGUUUUGAAGCUUGUUCUGCAUGACUUGAGAUCGGCUGCCAUGAAUGAGUGUGAGGUCUAAAGCUGCCUUCACGCCCUGUCGAAAUUACCGUAAGCUCAAUAUGACAACACGUGACACUGUACUCAGAAAUGCUCACGUCCUUUUUUGGAAUUAUGCAUUUUUAUGGCAAUGCUACCAACUCCUAAACACAGCGCUGAAAUGAAUCUGCUGGGGUCAGGUGGUAGUAGUUGUAGCUCUAGAAAACUCCCACCAUACAAGCUGUAAUUACGAGGUCUACGAGAACGUGAACACUUUGGAAUCUUGUAAUUGCAGUAAUUCCAACAUGGCGUGAACGUAGCGUAACAUGUAACAAUAACUUUAAUGUUGUCCAACAUUAAAGACAAGCUCUACACAUCUGCUGCUGCAGUAUAUCUGGAUUGUUCCUCAGAUCUCGGUCCGGAUGAAGUAUCCAGCAUGUAAUUUAGCCCACAGAUAGACUAAAUUGUGAUUUUCCAAUUUGUAGAAGUUGGUUGUACAUGGUAAAUUGUUUGAUGUAAAAGAAACACCAUACCCUGUAUAUUAUGUG